GUAGACCCGUUGCCUUAAAGAGUAUCAAUGACUCAAAAGAUAUGUCGUCUGAGUAUAUUAAUGAGCUUAAAAUACACCAUCGCUGUAUAUCUGCGACUCCUCCUCUCGAUGGCGGAGUUAGAUAUGAUCACGGAUUUCUUCGUUUUUUUGGUAUCACUCAAAAUCCAGAAACAAAUGAUUACAUCAUGAUUACUGAACUAGCUCCAUAUAAAGACAUUCGUAACUUACUACGUCAAAAUUUUACUUACCUAAGUUGGAGUGAUAAAUUAUAUUGGCUUCGUAAUAUCGCCGGUAAUCUUGUAACAAUUCAUAAUGCUGGUUACACUCAUCGUAAUUUACAUCCUGGUAAUAUUCUAAUGGGUCAAAUUAAAGAUGGCUUAACGGUGGCAAAACUCGCUCACUUAGGAUUGUCACAUCCAGAAAUCUUGGAUGACACUUUUAAUGCGGCUGAUAAGAUAAUACCGAGUAUAGAUAUCUCUUUCACUGCACAUCCUGAUGCGUGGUAUAAGAGUAGAUUACUUAAUUUUGAAGGUGUUUUCGUUGAGGGUUGA